AUGUCAUCAAAUAUAGAUGUCAAGUUUGCUGGUACAGGCAACGAGAAGCAAUUCAUUAAACAACUACACGAAAAAGAUGCAUCCACCAUUAGAUUCAUUGAUAACAAUAACAAGGACUACUUUACAUGCUUAGAGACUGAUGCUGAGUUAAUAGCUGAUGAAAUAUACAAGACAAGGUCGGUUAUCAAAACGUCUGAUAAAACCAAAUAUGUUACUAUAUCUCCUCAAGUGUUUCAAAAUGUGUUAAAGUUUUGUUUAUUGGAGAAGCAGUUUAGAGUCGAGAUUUACCACAACAGAACUUAUCAGUUGCUAGUUAGUGGCACUGCUGGUAAUCUUGAAAGUAUCAGCAAAGAGUAUGGUAUAAACUUUGAAUUUCAGGACUGUUCCAACUCAUCUAUUGCCGCAAUCAAAUUACAAGGCAAUACUGUUGGUGUGUGUAUUAUUGAGGAUGGCCAGAUACAUCUAUGCGAGUUUGAAGACAAUGAAUUGUAUUCAAAUUUAGAAGGAUUAUUGUUGCAAUUUGGUAUAAAGGAGGUUGUGUUGCCCAAUUUGUCGGAGAAGAAGCUCUUGCAAGUGAUCAAUAAAAUUGGUAACAUUGUGGUUAGUACAAUAUCGGCUUUCAAUACCAAAAAUAUUGAACAGGAUUUGGUAAAGUUAUUAGAAGAAGAUAAUAUCCAAAAGGUGUUUUCUUCAAAAGGUAUGAAAUUGACUGAAUAUUCACUUUCUUUGUCUUGCUGUAAUGCACUUGUUGCUUAUUUGGAGUUGCUUGAAAAUGAUUCGAAAAAUUUCACCAUUGAUAAAUAUGAUUUAUCAGAAUAUAUGAAGUUGGACUCGUCUACAAUUAAGGCAUUGAAUGUAUUUCCUGAAUUCAAGUCAACAUCGAUUAAUUCCAUAUUUGAACUUCUCAACAAGUGCAAAACCUCGGGUGGUUCAAGGUUGUUGUCUCAAUGGUUGAAACAACCAUUAACAAAUGUUGAUGCAAUUGAAGAACGUCAGUCUUUGGUGCAAUUGUUAAUGGACGAUGCAAGUUUGAGAGUGGCUGUGCAAAAUGUAUUAACCCAAGUGCCUGAUAUUAAAAGAUUGUUGAAGAAAAUGUCAAUUGCAGUAGGCAAGACUGGCAAUGAGAAUAAGAAGUUGGAGGAUUUGGUAAGAUUGUAUCAGUUGGUGCUUGUGUUGCCAGAUUUGAUCGAAGUUUUAAAAGACCAAGGUGAAUUGGCUACCAAAUACUGGUUAGAUCCGAUCGCAAAACACUAUCAAGCAUUACUCAAAUUUCAAGAACUUGUCGAAACAACCGUUGACCUUAAGGGUUUAAAUGACCUACAUACCAAUUUCGAUAUCAGACCCGAAUUUGAUGCUUCGUUGGUGUCGAUAAAUGAAAGAAAACAGUCGGCGCUAGAGCAAAUUAAGCACUUGCAUUUGCAAGUGGCUGAUGAUUUGAAUAUGGAUCUGGAAAAGAAAUUGAAACUAGACCAACAUCAACAACACGGGUAUUGUUUAAGAUUAACCCGGAAUGAUUCGGUUGUGUUGCGUAAUAAUAGAAACUACAAUGAAUUGCAAACGGUCAAAGCUGGAGUUUAUUUCACUACUCCUCAGUUGAGAAAGUUGUCUCAAGUUUAUGCCAAUUCGUGCGACGAGUACAAUGUCAAACAACGUGAAUUGAUUAGAGAGGUACUUUCGAUUUCAUUGACUUACCAGGGAGUAUUUUCUGCAUUGAGUUUAGAUCUUGCUCAUUUGGAUGUGAUUACAAGCUUUGCCAAUGUGGCUUUACAAGCACCGACAACAUUUACCAAACCGUCAUUGAUUCCUAUGAACUCAAAAGAGAGAAAAAUAAAGCUUCAAGAUUCAAGGCAUCCUUUGCUUGAAGUACAGGAUGAUGUUGACUUUAUUCCGAAUGAUGUUCUGAUGGGUAGUAAAUUUUUCAAUAUAAUAACGGGACCGAAUAUGGGUGGUAAGUCAACUUAUUUAAAGCAGAUUGCCACUACUGGGUUAAUGGCACAAGUUGGAUCAUUUAUUCCAGCAGAGUCGGGAGCUGAAGUACCAGUGUUUGAUGCAAUUUUAUCACGGGUUGGUGCAGGAGAUUCGCAAUUGAAAGGGUUGUCUACAUUUAUGAUUGAAAUGUUGGAGACUUCAUCGAUAUUGGCUACAGCUACAUCAAACUCAUUGCUAAUAAUUGAUGAGUUGGGAAGAGGAACUUCAACCUACGAUGGGUUUGGACUUGCAUGGUCGAUUCUGGAGCACCUUAUACAAACCAAGAAGUGUUUUGCCUUAUUUGCCACCCAUUUCCACGAAUUGAAUAAACUUGCUGAAAAAUACCCCGACUCAGUGGAAAAUUUACAUGUUGUUGCUUAUGUUGAGAAUAAAGAUGAUAUUACUUUGAUGUAUAAAAUAGAACCUGGUAUUUCAUCAAAAUCAUUUGGUAUAAAUGUGGCUGAAAUGGUAAAAUUCCCCAGUAAAAUUAUCAACAUGGCCAAGAGGAAAGCUGAUGAGUUACAGAAUGAUGAUGAAAAUUUGAAAAAGGGCCGUAUUGAUGGCAAGCAAUUGAAAGUUGGAGUUGAAGAGUUGAAGUCGGUGUUGAAGAAGUGGAGGCAAGAGAAUCAACACGAUGUAUCAAAGGCAAGUGAAAGCUUGAAGGAGUUGUUGAAAACCACAUCCAAUCAGUACAUUACGGAAUUGAUACAAACUUUAUAA